AUGAAAUUUGCAAAACAAGUAUUGGAAUUUAAUUCGCCGCGUACACAAGUAGGUAUAGAACUGAGAACUGUACCAGCAAGAGCAUCUCCCCAGCUGUUGGACCCACUCAUUGGUACACCAGGACGUACGGCCGUAUUCAAAGUGGAGGAUGUUUGGGCACCAGAGGUAUUUGAAGACCGUAGUCCGAAUGUGGAAGGCUUGAAAAUCAUCACGACUGCAGCGGUCACGAUUAGACAUGUCAGCAGCAAAGUAGUCGAUAUUCGGCAUCGCUUCUUCCACACUGUUCCUUCAUCAGACACAUACCAGCAGCCACAGUCACUGCUGCCAAUAAACCAAGCUGGAGGGAAUAUAAACCCAAAGCAGAAUAAAUAUUUCUCGAUUGGCCAUCUCGGCUCAACCUUCCGUCUGUCCAUGUUUGUGUCUGAGCUUGUACUUGCACUGGUACUGAUACUGAUACUGACACUUGCACUUGCAAUUGCACUUGUGCUCGUAUUUGGGCUUGAGUUUCUACCCGUCUCACUCUUGUCAUUCCCGAUUAUCUUACUCUCACUACUAUAUACAUUGUGUGUUGUAUUGAAUGCUAAGCUUUUAUCGUUAAUGGCAAUACAUGAGUCUCCGCUUUGGUAUUUAAGCGGAAUGAUUUGUAUAAUGCUGCUGAGAUUAUCAUGCUUCUUUACAGGAAAGGUCAUUAAAAUUGUAAAAUAA